AUGCGGCAAGCCUUGACAAACGAAGGGAAGGAGCAAGAGGAAGGCCUGGCUUCGAUUGCAGAGAACCUCAAGUUGCUGGAGGCUGAGCUGGAAGGCAACAAGUUCUUCGGCGGGGAAGAGAUCGGAAUCGUUGACUUCGCAUUGGGCUGGCUGGUCAACGUGAUGCCGGUCUUCGAAGAGAUCCUCGCCGUGAAAAUCUUGGACGAGGAGCGUCAUCCGUCAUUGUCGGAAUGGAUUCGAAGGAUUUCCGACAUCCCUGUGAUUGAGGAGAGCUGGCCGCCACGUGACAAGCUCGUCGCUAAAUGGACUGCCAUUCGCCACCGUUACCUUGCAGCGGCGAGGGCUAAUUAA